GCUGUUAGCAGAGUGGCUAACCGCCUCUUCUCUUCAGGGCGGAGAUGAAGUUUAUUUCUUUCUCCUCCGCUCGCAAACCUGCGUCUUCAGCUCGCACAGUCCGCUUAAACGCAGUCUGAGGAAUGGCUCUCGACGACCCGCGGGUGGAAUGGAUUCGGAACCGAGUGUGUUCGGCGUUUUACCUGCCCGAGCCGAACUGUUUUGAGGAGCUGCUGAGCCGCGGAGAUGGAGAGGACGAGCAGAAAAUCAUCCAGUUCUUAAACCAAGUCACCGACGAGGAGUCCACCUCGGCUCUGCUGUUCUACAAGCGGAUAAGGGAGGAGGAGGUGGAGGUGGAGGUGCCAGUCCCGAAUGAUGUGCAUAAAGGAGCUCCAGAGCCUGAUGAGGAUGAAGCUGAGGCAAACCAGUCCGCACUUUCCCACCCUAAUGCUGAGACUCCUACCUCAGAGAGACAAAGGAGCUCUGCAGAUAAGAAAAGAAGAGGGCGUGAGUCUGCUGACAGGAGGGAGUCUCCACACCGUGUGGAGUCUGCAGCCGAGGGCAGCCCAGAAGCAGUGACCAUGGAGGAGCUUCCUUCCACUAGAACUGAGGUCCAAAUUGUGUACCACGUGGAGCUGCAUGUAGCAGUGAACUCUAUUCCAGAUAAGCCCAUGAAGUCCAACAUACUCUACUUCCUGAGGAACACCAAAGAGACUAUUGUAGAGCCGGUGGACAUAAACGAGGCUAAUGAUCUCAUGCCCAAGCUGCUGGAGAUAGGCAUGAUCAAUGGCCAUUCCCUGCUGAUGCUCAGGAACCUUCUCAAGCAUGUGUAUAUCCCCAUGCUGUCGGUGAACCAGCUGAAGCUCACUGACGGAGGCUACCAGCAGGAGACGCCAGGCUCUGAGGCACGAGAUGCGGGCGGUGAGCCGAAGCCUGAAGGCCAGCAGCCGCCGGCGGAGUCGCGUGGGGCGCUCAUGAUCCGAGACGAGCUCCUCAACAGCACUCACAAGUUCCUGGGCCACAUAGACAGGACCCUGCAGCAGCUGGAGGGUGAAAUUAAACUACAUAUCCCAGAACUGGACCUGGAACCGGAUGUGGAGACACUGUUGGCUAAUCAGGAGGUGGUGGAGAAGCUGGAGCAAUGUGUGAUGAACUGGCAGACGCAAAUCACCAUCGUCAUUGAGGAGCAGCAGAAGAAGAAACCACAGGGUCCCGGUCCAAUGGCAGAGAUUGAUUUCUGGCGUGAGCGUGCAGCCGUACUGAGCGCUCUGAGUGAGCAACUCAAGCUGCCUGUGGUGAAAAAGAUCCUGGAGGCGAUGACCCGGGCUGACCCUGUCACUCUACAGAACCUGGACCUGACCGUAGCGGAGCUCAGCAAGUACCACGUGGAGUCCGUGGAUAAUGUGCGCUUCCUUGGCACUCUGGAGAGGCACUUUAAGAACCUGGCCACAGGAGUGAAUUUUAGUGUGAUCCUGGACACCAUCCCUCAGAUGAUGAACGGGCUGCGGAUGGUGUGGAUCAUUUCCAGCCACUACAACACGGAUGAGCGCAUGGUCCCGCUGAUGGAGCGCAUUGCCUGGGAGUUGGCCGAACGCGUCACUCGCGUCGUCAACGUUCGUGUGCUUUUCAAGGACAAGAGGGAGGUGGCCAAGGCCAAAGCACUGGAUGGCAAGCAGGUUCUGGACCAGUGGAAGACCUGCUACUUUGAUGUUCGAACCAGGAUCGAAACGUCAGGCAGGGAUCCACGCUGGGAGUUUGACCGCAAAAAGCUCUUUGAGAAGACAGACUACAUGGCUUCAAUCUGUCAGGACCUCUACAACAUCCUUCAGACCUUGGAGGAGUUUUACAAUAUCUUUGGGCCGGAGCUGAAAGCAGUGACAGGUGACCCUAAGCGAAUAGAUGAUGUACUGCGCUGGGUGGACAGCCUGGUGGUGCCCAUCGAGGAGCUGAACUUUGACCCUUUUAACAUCCGAAAGAUGGGCAGCUGGAAGAUGGUCAUGCAGGAUUUCAAGAGCAAAGUUCAGGCUAUUGAAGGAGAAGCCAUCAAUUUCAUUGACCAGUCCUUCAAGACCCUGCGAUCAGCAUCUGCGGCCUUCGAUAUGCUGCUGAAAUUCAAGCACAUUCGCUCCAGAGAAGCUAUCAACAAUCAGAUGAUGAAGAAGUUCAGUGAUAUUCUGGCUCAGUACUGCAAAGAGGUGGACAUCAUAAACAACAUGUUUGUCCAACACAAAGAUAACCCACCUUUGAAUAAGAAUCAGCCACCUGUGGCAGGAGCCAUAUACUGGGAGCGCUCUCUCUUUCACCGCAUCAAAAACACCAUCAUACGGUUCCUGGAGGUGCCCGAAAUGCUGGAGAGCGAACAGGGAAAAGCUGUGAAGGCGAAGUACCUAGAGGUGGGUAUUCGCAUGCGGGACUAUGAAGUUAAGAAGUAUGAGUGCUGGAGAGAGGCGACGGAGCAGGCGCUACCUCUGCUCAUGAAGAGAACCCUGCUGCUUAUGCUCAACAGCUCUGGGGUCGCCUGUGGAGACAUUGCACCAGAGACAGAGCAGGACUUGGAGAAGGGGCUGCACUUUGUGGUGAACUUUGCUCCGGAGCUGAAGGAGAUCAUUUCUGAGACCAAGUACCUGGAGCAGCUGGGCUACUCUGUACCUGAACUGGCCCGUAACGUGGCUCUGCAGGAGGACAAGUUCCUCAGAUACGUGGACGGACUGAAGAAUCUAGUGAACCGCUUCCACUCUCUGAUGGACAGUCUGAAUGACCCAGAGUUCUUCCUGCUAGCCACACAGGUGCAAGAACUGAGGAGGGUGAUGCGCUCUGGAUGCAAAAGACUUAACUGGAAUUCCUUGGGUAUUUCAGAAUUCAUCAACCGAAGCGACCAGGCUGCCUCAAAGUUUGAGUCCUUGGUGAACCAGAUUAAGAAGAACGAAAACGACAUAGACGCCAAGCUUCAGUCCAUUGAAUCAGCGAACCUUUUCAAAUUCCCAGCUCCAGACAAAGCAGGAGACCUACCAGGAGUGAAGGAGUUCUUUGAGCUGAUUGAGAGAGAGAGGGCAAAAGACGUGAACCUGCUGAGCAGGAAGUACACAGCCAUUGGUCCUCUCCUUACCAAGAUGGAGAGCCUCAUCAUGCAGACGAGCAGCGGCAAGGCCAAGCGCAUGGCCCAGUACUACGCUUACUGGGAGCGCAAAGUCUAUGACUCGCUCAGCAAGAUGGUGCUGAAGAACAUACAGCUGUUCAACACCGCUCUGAUGGGCUCCACCCCUCUGUUCCAAAUCGAGACCAUCCUCUCUGCUCCAGAGAUCGUGCUGCACCCCAAAAGUAAUGAGGUGUACAAGCUCAUUAUGCAGAGCGUUCGGGACUGCGUGGAGAGCACCAAGAGGUUUGUUCGCUGGAUGCACGGCACCUGUAUCGAGUGUCCACCGCAGCGCGUGGACGGCGAGGACGAGCCACUCAUCUUCAGCUUCUACAGCGAGGUGUCCCAGCAGCCGCAGGUAAAUGAGCGCGCCAUGGUCGUAUCCCAGAGUGCCCAGAGGCUCCUCAGCUCUGUGGGACGCUACCUGAACCGCUGGAAACGCUUUCGGCCGCUCUGGAAGCUGGACAAAGCCAUCGUGAUGGAGAAGUUUGCAGCUAAGAAGCCCUCGUGCAUGAUGUACGAUGAGAAGCUACAGUUCUAUACCCGUGUCAGCCAAGAGGUGGAGCAGCAGCCGCUGGUGAAGGAUGACCACAUCAUCAGGCUGAACCUGGAGCCUCUGGCACGCACUGUGCAGGAGAACGCCCAAGCCUGGGUCACCUCUCUGGGCAGGCUGCUGAACGACUCAGCCCGGGAGGACCUGUACGCCCUCCGCAGUCAGCUACAGCAACUGUCAGACAAUCUAAAGAGGACUCCAAACACGCUGGAAGACCUCAAGUUUGUCCUCGGCACCAUCUCAAACAUCCGAGACAUGUCUCUGACAGUAGAGAUGAGGUUCGUGGACAUCCAGGAGCGAUACAGGACUCUCAGCAUGUACAACAUACAAGCUACAGAGGAGGAGCUGCAGCUGGUCGCCCGCAUUGAGGAAGUGUGGAGCGAUCUCUUUGCUGAGUCCAGACAGGUGGACCGCAGCCUGGGCAGAGUUAAGAAGACUUUCACUGAGAUCACUAAGGAGCAGAUAGAGCAGUACAAGCAGGAACUAGCUAUCUUCGCUGAGAGCUUCAACAUGCAUGGCCCAGGAGCAGCUGGAGACAACUUGGAGAAAGGACUGACUGUAAUGGGCACCUACGAGACAGAGCUGGCUAAGAUGGAGGCUGCCCGUCAGGAGCUGGCCAACGCUGAGAAGCUGUUUGACCUUCCGAUCACUAUGUAUCCAGAACUGCUCAACGUGCAGAGGGACAUGAGAGGCCUGAGGCAGAUUUACGAGAUCUAUAAAGCACAGAAGGCUGCUAAGACAGAGUGGUCUCAGACUCUGUGGGUGAACCUGAACAUCCAGCUGCUGCAGGAGGGCAUUGAAGGCUUCAUUAAGAGCCUGAGGAAGCUGCCGAAGGAUGUGAGAGCGCUGCCUGUGGCCUUCUUCCUGGAGGGGCGCAUGAAAGAGUUCAAAGACUCUCUGCCUCUGCUGCUGGACCUGAAGAAUGAGGCUCUGAGGGACAGGCACUGGAAAGAACUGAUGCAGCGGACAGGCACCAGCUUUGAGAUGAACCCAGACACCUUCACCCUGGAGAACAUGUUCGCCAUGGAGUUACACAAGCACGGCAACGUCAUCGGAGACAUCGUCACCUCAGCCGUCAAAGAGCUCAGCAUAGAGAAGGGCGUAAAGGAAGUGGUGGAGUUGUGGGAGAACAUGAAGUUCAGCGUGCAGCGCUACUUCAAAGGCACACAGGAACGCGGCUCCAUUCUCGGCGCCGUGGACGAGAUCCUGCAGAACCUGGACGAUAACGCCAUGAACCUGCAGAGCAUGGCCGGCAGCCGCUUCGUAGGGCCUUUUCUGACCACCAUCCAGCAGUGGGAGAAGAAUCUGUCACUCAUCAGUGAAGUCAUUGAGGUUUGGAUGUUAGUGCAGAGGAAAUGGAUGUACUUGGAGAGCAUCUUCAUUGGAGGAGACAUCCGCUCUCAGCUGCCCGAAGAAGCCAAGAAAUUUGACCACAUUGAUAAAAUGUUCAAAAAGAUAAUGUCAGACACAGUGAAGGAUCCGGGCAUUAAGAGAUGCUGUCUGAUGCCGAACCGCCUGGCCGACCUGCAGAACCUAAGUGAUGGCUUGGAGCGCUGCCAGAAGAGUCUGAACGACUACCUGGACUCCAAACGCAACGCCUUCCCUCGCUUCUUCUUCAUAUCCGACGAUGAGCUGCUCAGCAUUCUGGGGAGCAGCGAGCCGUCCUGCGUCCAGGAGCACAUGAUCAAGAUGUAUGACAACAUCGCUUCGCUGCGUUUCGAUACCGGGACAAACGGGGAGACGGUGGUGGGGGCCCUGGUGUCAGCAGAGGGGGAGGUGAUGGAGCUCAAGCAGGCUGUUCCUGCGGAGGGCCGAGUGGAGGACUGGAUGACUGCAGUUCUGCUGGAGAUGAGGAGGACCAACAGGCUUAUCACCAAAGAGGCAAUCUACUUCUACAGCCACAACAAGAGCAGGGUGGACUGGAUGCUGGACUACCAGGGCAUGGUUGUACUGGCAGGGAACCAGGUGUGGUGGACCUGGGAGGUGGAGGACGUCUUCCGCAAGGUCAUUGCUGGCGAUAAGCAGGCUCUGAAACAGUACGCCAAGAAAAUGCACCGACAGAUCGACGACCUGGUCAGACGCAUCACACAGCCCUUAAAGAAGAAUGACCGACGCAAACUCAACACCGUCCUCAUCAUAGACGUCCACGCCAGGGACAUCGUGGACAGUUUCGUCAGAGACAGUAUCACCGAUGCUCGUGAAUUUGAGUGGGAAAGCCAGCUGCGCUUCUACUGGGACAAGGAGCCGGACGACCUGUUUGUGCGACAGUGCUCUGCUCAGUUCUCCUACGGCUAUGAGUACAUGGGCCUGAACGGCCGACUGGUCAUCACUCCGCUCACUGAUCGCAUCUACCUCACGCUCACACAGGCCUUGUCUAUGUAUCUGGGAGGAGCACCAGCCGGGCCUGCAGGUACAGGGAAAACAGAGUCCACUAAAGACCUGGCCAAGGCUCUCGGCCUGCUGUGUGUGGUCACCAACUGUGGUGAGGGCAUGGACUAUAUGGCAGUGGGGAAGAUCUUCUCUGGUUUGGCUCAGUGUGGUGCUUGGGGCUGCUUUGACGAGUUCAACCGCAUCGAUGCCUCUGUGUUGUCCGUCAUCUCCUCCCAGAUCCAGACCAUUCGCAACGCUCUCAUACUGCAUCUCCAGAGGUUCCACUUUGAGGGUCAGGAGAUCAGUCUGGACUCCCGAAUGGGAAUCUUCAUCACGAUGAACCCAGGCUACGCUGGACGUACUGAACUACCUGAGUCGGUGAAGGCUCUCUUCCGGCCGGUGGUGGUCAUCGUCCCUGACCUGCAGCAGAUCUGUGAGAUCAUGCUGUUCUCAGAGGGCUUCCUCAUGGCUAAGGUGUUGGCGAAGAAGAUGACCGUGCUGUAUAAACUGGCUCGAGAGCAGCUGUCCAAGCAGUCUCACUAUGAUUUUGGGCUGCGAGCACUAAAGUCUGUCUUAGUGAUGGCAGGAGAGCUGAAGAGAGGCUCCCCUGAUCUCAACGAGGAUGUGGUGCUGAUGCGAGCUCUGAGGGACAUGAACCUUCCAAAAUUUGUGUUUGAAGAUGUUCCACUGUUUCUGGGACUGAUCUCAGACCUGUUUCCGGGACUGGACUGCCCACGUGUGCGCUACCCCAGCUUCAAUGACGCUGUGGAAACCAUCCUGCAGGAGAAUAAAUACAUCCUGCUGCCCAAUCAGGUGGACAAAGUGGUCCAGAUGUACGAGACCAUGAUGACCAGACACACCACCAUGGUGGUGGGACCCACAGGAGGGGGGAAAUCUGUGGUUAUUAAUACUCUGUGCCAGGCCCAGACCAGGCUGGGACUGUUGACCAAGAUGUAUGCGCUGAACCCCAAAGCCAUGAGUGUCAUCGAGCUGUAUGGCAUCCUGGACCCAGUGACCCGAGACUGGACCGAUGGGAUACUGUCCAACAUCUUUCGAGAUAUCAACAAGCCUACUGACAAAAAAGAACGAAGGUACAUCUUGUUUGAUGGUGAUGUGGAUGCUCUGUGGGUGGAGAACAUGAACUCGGUGAUGGACGAUAAUAAGCUGCUAACGCUGGCUAAUGGAGAGAGGAUCCGCCUGCAGGGCCACUGCGCUCUCCUCUUUGAGGUUGGAGACCUUCAGUAUGCCUCUCCUGCCACUGUGUCUCGCUGUGGAAUGGUGUUUGUGGACCCCAAAAACCUCCGAUAUGCCCCCUACUGGCAGAAGUGGGUUAACAACAGACCUGCGAAAGAGCAAGCAGACCUUAGAAAAUUGUUUGAAAAGUAUGUUCCCAGCACCAUAGACAUGGUAGUGGAGGGCAUAGUCGAUGGCAAGCAAGGAGAGAGGCUGAAGACAAUUGUCCCUCAGACAGAUCUAAAUAUGGUGGUGCAGUUGUCUAUGAUGCUGGAUGCUCUACUGGAACCAGAAGAGCUCAGCAGUGAGGAGCUGGAGUGUUUCUUCAUAGAGGCUCUGUACUGCUCCCUCGGAGCCACUCUCCUGGAGAACGGCCGGAAGAAGUUCGAUGACUUCAUUAAGAAGUUGUCGUGUCUCACCACUGUUCAUGACGAGAAAGUGCUUGCCGGCCCUGGAGAGCUACCGGGUUACCUGCCGACUCUCUAUGACUUUCAUUUUGAUGGGAGCACAAAGAAGUGGACUCCCUGGAGUUCGCUGGUUAGCAAAUACAUCCACAACCCUGAUACGAAAUUCAUCGACAUUCUUGUGCCAACAGUCGACACCACUCGUGUGAACUGGCUGUUGGAGCAGACGGUGAAAGUAAAGAGGCCGGUGGUUUUGGUUGGAGAGUCUGGAACCUCAAAGACGGCCACCACACAGAACUUCCUCAACAGCCUCAACUCAGACACCACUAUGGUUCUGACCAUCAACUUCUCAUCGAGAACCACAUCCAUGGAUGUGCAGAGGAGCCUGGAGGCCAGUGUGGAGAAACGGACCAAAGAGACUUACGGCCCUCCAAUGGGCAAGAGACUGCUUGUCUUUAUGGACGACCUCAACAUGCCUCGAGUGGAUGACUACGGUACCCAGCAGCCCAUAGCCCUCCUGAAGCUGCUGUUGGACAGGGGUGGAAUGUAUGAUCGAGGAAAGGAGCUCAACUGCAAGCAGCUGAAGGACCUGGGCUUCAUCGCAGCCAUGGGGAAAGCAGGGGGUGGCCGCAAUGAGGUGGACUCCCGCUUCAUCUCUCUUUUCAGCGUUUUCAACAUCCCCUUCCCUGAAGAGGAAGCCCUGCACCUCAUCUACUCCUCCAUCCUCAAAGGCCACACCAAGCCGUUCGAGGAAUGCAUUCAAAAAAUCUGCGACAAACUGACCUUCUGCACGUUGGAGCUGUAUAAAAACAUCAUUAAGGAUCUUCCCCCAACACCCUCCAAGUUCCACUACAUCUUCAACCUGAGAGACCUGUCCAGGGUCUACAAUGGCUUAACCCUGACCAACGCGGAGAGGUUCUUGACGGUGACCCAGUUUGUGCGUGUCUGGAGGAACGAGUGCCUGAGGGUGUUCCAUGAUAGGCUCAUCAACGAAGCUGACAAAGCGCUUGUCCAGGGACACAUUAAGAGCCUGAUAGAAGAGCAUUUCAAAUCUGACCUGGAUUCUACUAUGAGAGACCCCAUCCUGUUUGGAGAUUACAGAACAGCCCUCAGUGAGUCUGAGCCAAGAGUCUAUGAGGACAUUCAGGACUAUGAUGCCUGCAAAGCCCUGUUCCAGGAGAUCCUGGAGGAGUACAAUGAGAACAAGACACGGAUGAAUCUGGUUCUGUUUGAUGAUGCACUGGACCACCUGACCAGAAUCCACCGCAUCAUCAGAAUGGACCGUGGCCACGCCCUCUUGGUCGGGGUGGGAGGGUCCGGGAAACAGUCCCUGACCAAACUGGCUGCUUUCACUGCAGGCUGUGAUGUGUUUGAGAUUGUGCUGAGUCGAGGCUACUCAGAGCCCAACUUCCGUGAAGACCUGAAGACCCUUUACCUAAAACUAGGCAUCGAGAAUAAGAAAACAGUGUUUCUGUUCACUGACGCUCACGUGGCGGAGGAGGGCUUCCUGGAGCUCAUCAACAACAUGCUGACAUCAGGCAUGGUUCCAGCUCUGUUCCCUGACGAUGAGAAGGAAUCCAUCCUCAACCAGCUCCGGGACGAGGCUCUGAAGAUGGGCUCAGGACCCUCCAAAGAGAGCGUAUGGCAGUACUUUGUGAACAAGAGUGCCAGUAACCUGCACAUUGUUCUGGGCAUGUCUCCGGUAGGGGACGUCCUCCGAACCCGCUGCAGGAACUUCCCAGGGCUGGUGAACAACACUGGCAUCGACUGGUUCCUGCCAUGGCCUCCCCAGGCUUUACAUGCGGUGGCUCAGUCAUUUUUGGGUGAGAGCCCCAUGAUUCCUGAGGCUCAUACAGAGGCAGUGAUAGGUCAUGUGUGCAUGGUGCAUGGCUCUGUGGGAGAGUACAGCAAACUUUUCCAGCAGAAGCUUCGACGCAGUAACUAUGUUACCCCCAAAAACUACCUGGACUUCAUCAGCACUUACUCCAGCCUGCUGGAGGACAAGGACCAGUACAUCCUCGCUCAGUGUAAACGUUUGGAGGGAGGUUUGGAUAAGCUGAAGGAGGCCAGCGUACAGCUCGCUGAGCUCAACACUAAACUGGCAGAGCAGAAAGUGGUUUUGGCAGAGAAGUCCUCAGCUUGUGAGAGUCUACUGCAGGAGAUCUCCACAAACACAGCUGUUGCUGAGGAGAAGAAAACACUAGCGGAAGAAAAAGCUAAAGAGAUUGAAGAGCAGAAUAAAGUGAUUGCAGUGGAGAAGAAGGAUGCUGAGAGCUCCCUGGCUGAGGCCCUGCCUGCUUUGGAGGCGGCUCGCAUCGCCCUGCAGGACCUGGACAAGUCUGACGUAACUGAGAUCAGAUCCUUCGCCAAGCCACCCAAGCAGGUACAGGUGGUGUGUGAGUGUAUCCUGGUCAUGCGCGGCUAUAAGGAGAUCAGCUGGAAGACAGCCAAGGGCAUGAUGUCGGAGGCCAAUUUCUUGCGCUCCCUCAUGGAAAUGGACUGCGACUCCAUUAGUGGUGGCCAGGUUAAGACCGUCCGAGGCUUCCUGAAGAACCUGAACACAACGUUUGAGGAGAUGCAGGCUAUCAGUAAAGCUGGCUCUGGCAUGCUGAAAUUUGUGGAGGCUGUAAUGGGCUACUGCGAUGUGGCCAGAGAGAUUAAACCCAAGAGAGAGAAGGUGGCCAAGCUGGAGAAGAACUUCUUCCAGAGCAAGCGUGAGCUGGAGCGGAUCCAGAGCGAGCUGGGGGCCAUCCAGAAGGAGCUGGGAGCUCUGGGGGACAAGUACAGUGCCGCUAUGGGCGAGAAGCAGCUGCUGCAGGAGGAGGCCGAGCUCAUGGAGCGCAGACUCAUCGCUGCGGACAAACUCAUCUCAGGCCUCGGAUCAGAGAAUGAACGCUGGACAGAGGACCUUGAGGAGCUGAAGAAGAGGCGCGUGCGUCUGCUGGGAGAUUGCCUGAUCUGCGCCGCCUUCCUGAGCUACGAGGGAGCCUUCAGCUGGGACUUCCGCAACGAGAUGGUGUACGAGGUGUGGCAGAAAGAUGUGAUGGAGAGAGGAAUCCCCCUCAGCCGGCCCUUCCGCUUAGAGAGCCUGCUCACCGACGAGGUGGAAGUCAGCAGAUGGGGGUCAGAGGGUCUCCCCCCUGAUGAGCUGUCGGUGCAGAACGGCAUCCUGACCACCAGAGCCAGCCGGUUCCCAUUGUGCAUCGACCCCCAGCAGCAAGCCCUCAACUGGAUCAAGAAGAAGGAGGAGAAGAACAACCUCAAAAUCUCCUCAUUCAAUGAUCCAGACUUCCUGAAGCAGCUGGAGAUGGCCAUCAAAUAUGGCUUCCCUUUCCUCUUCCAAGACGUGGAUGAGUACAUAGACCCGGUCAUCGAUAACGUCCUGGAGAAGAACGUUAAAGGGGCUGAGGGUCGCCAGGUCAUCGUGCUCGGCGACAAGGAGGUGGACUACGAUCCAAACUUCAAACUGUACCUCAACACCAAACUGGCCAACCCCAAAUACUCACCUGCUGUGUUUGGCAAAGCCAUGGUCAUCAACUAUACUGUCACUCUGAAGGGUCUGGAGGAUCAGUUGCUGAGUGUGAUCGUGGGCUUUGAGCGGAAGGAGCUGGAAGAGCAGAGGGAGCGUCUGAUACAGGAGACCAGCGAGAACAAGCGGCUCCUCAAAGAUCUGGAGGACUCUCUGCUCCGAGAGCUGGCCACCUCCACAGGAAACAUGCUGGAUAACGUUGAACUCGUCCACACCCUCGAGGAGACCAAGUCCAAAGCUAGCGAGGUCUUUGAGAAACUGAAGCUAGCUCAAAACACAUCAGUGGACAUCGAUAAGCUGCGUGACGGCUACCGUCCAGCAGCUAAGCGCGGGGCCAUCCUGUUCUUCGUCUUGGCUGAAAUGGCCCUGGUGAACAGCAUGUACCAGUACUCACUGGCCUCCUUCCUGGAGGUGUUCGACUACUCACUUCGUAAAUCCCUGCCGGACUCCAUCCUGCCCAAGAGACUGAAGAACAUCAUGAACACACUCACUCACAACGUCUACAACUACGGCUGCACUGGGCUGUUUGAGAGACACAAGCUGCUCUUCUCCUUCAACAUGACCAUAAAGAUCGAGCAGGCCGAGGGCCGCGCUCCUCAGGAAGAGCUCGAGUUCUUUCUUAAAGGGAACCUGUCACUGGAGAAGAGUAAGAAGAAGAAGCCGUGCGAUUGGCUGCCUGAUCAGGGCUGGGAGGACAUUGUGCGUCUGAACGAGCUUUUUCCUAACGAGUUCGGAACAUUAAUCGACGACAUAGAGAAGAAUCCUAACGAAUGGAAGAGCUGGUAUGACCUGGACGGCCCAGAACAGGCUCCCUUCCCCAUGAAGUACAAGGACAGUCUGACAGCUUUCCAGAAGCUUCUGCUCCUGCGCUGCUUCAGGCUGGACCGAGUGUACCGCGCCGUCAGCGACUACGUCACCAUCACCAUGGGAGAGAAGUAUGUGCAGCCCCCAGUGAUCAGUUUCGAGGCUAUAUUUGAGCAGAGCACUCCGAAUUCCCCCAUCGUGUUCAUCCUGAGCCCCGGCUGUGAGCCGGCCAGCGAUCUGAUGAAGCUGGCUGAGCGCUCCGGCUUCGGGAGCAGCAGACUUAAGUUCUUGGCCAUGGGGCAAGGCCAGGAGAAGGUUGCACUGCAGUUACUGGAGACCGCAGUGUCCAGAGGCCAGUGGCUGAUGCUGCAGAACUGUCAUCUGUUAGUGAAGUGGCUGAAGGAUCUGGAGAAGUCUCUGGAGAGGAUCACCAAACCUCACCCAGACUUCCGACUGUGGCUCACAACCGACCCCAUCAAAGACUUCCCCAUCGGCAUCCUGCAGAAGUCCCUGAAGGUGGUAACCGAGCCCCCCAAUGGGCUGAAGCUGAACAUGAGGGCCACCUACUUUAAGAUCUCGCAGGAGACCUUGAUGAGUUGCCCACACCCAGCCUUCCGCAGCCUGGUCUACGUUCUGGCCUUCUUCCACGCUGUGGUGCAGGAGAGGCGCAAAUAUGGCAAGAUCGGCUGGAACGUGCCCUACGACUUCAAUGAAUCUGACUUCUUGGUGUGUAUGGAGAUCCUGAACACCUACCUGACCAAAGCUCACAGUCAAGAUGAUGCCAAGAUCCCAUGGGGGAGUCUCAAAUACCUGAUUGGAGAGGUGAUGUACGGGGGCAGGGCGAUAGACAGCUUUGACCGCAGAAUCCUCACCGUCUACAUGGACGAGUAUCUGGGAGAUUUCAUCUUUGACACUUUUCAGCCUUUCCACUUCUUCCACAACAAAGACGUGGACUACAGGAUCCCGCCGGACGGACCCAAGGAUGUUUUUGUUGAUGAAAUUGAGUCCCUCCCUCUGGCUAACACCCCUGAGGUGUUUGGUCUGCACCCCAACGCUGAGAUCGGCUACUACACUCAGGCUGCCCGAGACAUGUGGACUCACCUCAUAGAGCUUCAGCCCCAAACAGGUGAUUCUGGUGGUGGGAUCAGUCGAGAUGAGUACAUCGCUCAAGUGGCGCGGGACAUCCAGAACAAGCUGCCCAGCGUGUUCGACCUGGACGUGAUCCGCAAGAAGUUCGGCCUGGAAGUCUCGCCCACCUCCGUGGUGCUGCUGCAGGAGCUGGAGCGCUUCAACAGGCUCGUCCUCCGAAUGAGCCGCUCACUCGCCGAACUGCAGCGGGCUUUAGCAGGUGAGGUGGGGAUGAGCAGUGAACUGGACGAAGUUGCCAGAGCCCUGUUUAAUGGUCAGAUUCCUGCUAUCUGGAGACGACUGGCCCCGGACACCCUGAAAUCUUUGGGCAACUGGAUGAUCCACUUCAAGAGACGCUACGAUCAGUACAGCUCAUGGGUGGACGAUGGUGAGCCCACAGUGAUGUGGUUGUCAGGGUUACACAUCCCUGAGUCGUAUCUGACCGCACUGGUGCAGGCUACAUGCAGACGGAACGGCUGGCCACUGGACCGCUCCACACUCUACACACACGUCACCCAGUACCGCAGUGAGGACGAGGUCACUGAGAGACCCGGACAGGGGUGUUUUGUAUCGGGUCUGUACAUGGAGGGAGCUGACUGGGACGUUGAUCAGGGCUGCCUGGUGCGCAGCAAACCCAAAGUGCUGGUGGUACAGCUGCCCAUCCUCAAGGUGAUCCCCAUAGAGGCCCAUCGGCUCAAACUGCAGAACACACUGAGGACGCCGGUCUACACGACCUCCAUGAGGAGGAACGCGAUGGGCGUUGGGCUGGUGUUCGAGGCGGACCUCUUCACCACCAAACACGCCUCACACUGGGUCCUGCAGGGAGUGUGUCUCUGCCUCAAUGCUGACUGACCGCUGUCUGUUAAAAAUAUUUCCAUUCUUUUAAAAUGUUAAAGGGCCAUAUCCUACAUUUUUCUUAUUUUUUUCCCGCAAUGACAAUUUAUGACAUUUGUGGGG